AUGCUGACCGUGGACAUGUACGCCGGUUUGUCUCUGGGACCACAAAGAGCCGGAGACUUUUACAGAGAGCGUGAAGCUCCAGCGUACGCGCAGACGCUCCCCUCCGCCUGCGACUCGGCAGCCAAGGCGCUCCCUCCCAGGAUGCCGGCGCCAAGCGAGCCUGCCGCAAAAACCCAGAAGGCCGAGGUCAAGAUGGAGCUGGAGAACGCCUCCCUGUGGAAACAGUUCAGCUCCGUGGGCACCGAGAUGAUCAUCACCAAGAAGGGCAGACGGAUGUUUCCGGGCCUGAGGAUGAAGCUGUCCGGCCUGAACCCAUCUCUCCGGUACAUCCUCCUCCUGGACGUCGUCCCGGCCGACAGCUCCCGCUACCGCUUCCAGGGCGGGGGCUGGCAGGCCGUCGGGGGGGCGGAGGCCCGGCUCCCGGACCGCGUCUUCAUCCACCCGGACUCCCCCGCCACCGGCGCCCACUGGCAGAGCCGCACCAUCUCCUUCCACUGCGCCAAGCUCACCAACAACACGCUGGACUCCCAGGGGCAUAUCAUCCUGCACUCGCUGCAUCGCUACCAGCCCAGGAUUCACGUGAUCGAGGCCAGAGACGUGCUGAGGUGGGGAGGAGGACAGCACUCCUUUGUUUUCCCCGAGACGCAGUUCAUUACAGUCACUGCCUACCAGAACAACAAGAUCACAGAGCUGAAGAUCAACUCCAACCCUUUCGCCAAAGGCUUCAGAGAGGACGGCAUGAACAGCAAAAAGCAGAGAGACGCCAGGCAGAAGCGCAAGAUGUCCGUUCUCACGGAGCCCUUGGAUGUCGUGAGCUGUGACCCGGCGCCCGGCUCGGACCUGCAGGCGCUGGCGCUGGCCUCCCUGCCGCCCGCGUGCCACUUCGGGCCGGACGAGGCCUCCUAUCGGGACGCGCUGAUCCCAGAGCAGCCGCUGGACCUCGGGCAGGCGUUCCUGGCGUCACAGAUGUCUGACGUGGGCACCGUGAGCGGUGGGAUGCAGGACGCGGCGGGGAGCAUGAUUGACGGAGCGAACACCUUGUGUGAACCAGUCUACGCCUCCACCUUCGCUGCAGCCCCGGCCGACGCUUCGCCUUUUGCCUCAGAUCCUCAUCCUCAGACGCCCUCGGCCUUCUCCUCCCUCCCCCUCCCCACCUCCUCCGAGGUGUCCGAUUCCCAACCCUCCCUUGCUCCCAUCGACUAUCCCUCCAUCCUCUCCUCCUCCUCCUCCACCACUCCCUCGCUGCAGCAGACCUCCUUCACCUUCCCCACCCCUCCUCCCUCCAACUCCUCCUCGCCGCAGCCUCUCCUGCCCACAUCCUCCCCCUCCUCCGUCGCCUACCACCCGCCCUCUGACCCCGUCGGCCCCCACGCGCCAGCCGACGCCUCCUUCUCGGCCCCGCCCCCCGCCUGCCAGGAGCAGAUGACUCCUCACCCUCUGCUCCCCCAGGCGAUGCACAGGGAGGCCCUCGGCGAUGCCACCGAUCCAAGCAGCGACCACAGCGCAGCGGCGUUCAUCUACCCACACUGUGAUUCUGCUCAGCCUCCCCCGAACCAGCACCAAGCGCCACCCCCCACUGUGGCCUGUGCCCUACCGGCUCCCACCCCCUUCGCCUUCCCCUCCAUCCCCCCACACAUGCAGAGUCUCUCGUUCCAGAACGUGCCUCCCGGCUCCGCCCACUCUGCCCUGCACAUCACAAACCUAAGCCAUCAAUCCCAGGCCCCCUUCCCCCCCUGCGCCUUCCCUCACCCUUCACCCUCCCUCCCUCACCCUCCUUACCAACCCUCCUCUUGCCUGGGUGUCCCCUCCACACCAUCGCUGCCUCCCGCAGCCCAUCCUCAGAACUUUCCCAAUCCCCCUAAUGCCUCCUCCACCUCUUACCCUCCUGUUGAUUUAGGGGCCAUGCCCCAGUUCAACCCCCCCGCCCCCUAUCGCCCUGACAUGAUAGUGCACCACCCUUCUCUUCUCCCUCAGCUGGAUCCAUCACUUGGCCCCUCAGCCCCUCCCACAGCCCUCUACCCCGCGUUCCCGUCCUAUCCCCUUCGCCUGCGUCAGGACCCUCACUCGUCCCUCCCUAUCCCUUUCAGGCAUCUGUACAGACAGCACCAGCAUCACCUGGACAUGGGCACCAGAGCUGUAUUUUAGAACAUAGCAGUGUUUUAUGGCAUGAUAGCGCUUUAAAGGGGUUUAGCAAUGUGUAGCUUUAGUACAAGUAGCUCUGUGUACUGUGACUGUGUGUCUUAAGAUGUAACUGAUUCUCAAAAACAAAUGGGUGAAAAUGAUCCAAAUAUGUAAAUAUCUGUUAAAGAUUUUAAUAAAUAUCCA